AUGGGAGAAAACCCGCAGCGGCAUUACCAUGAUAGAGAUGCUAUUUUCAAAUGUGAAAGUCAGGCCGCAGCGGACUAUAUGAAGGAGGCCGGCCAUCUGAAGGAGAUGGAUCUACGCCCUAAGUCCUUCAAGUCGCUUGCAGAGGCAUUCCACGCGUCCCUGUGCGUUAUUCGCUGCCUUAGGGGAAUGCUUUACCUUCACACAGAACAUGAGCACAUCGGCCUCAUGAGACAGCAAGCGGGGGACUCUGAGUCUGCAGGAACACCACAUACUGAAAGACUGUCAGUUGAUGCAGAUGUGUUGGCCCACCAAGCAUCGUUUAUUGCUGAUGACGCAGCGUAUGCUGAGUUGCUGGAGCAGCCCAGCACUUUUUCUCAGGCACUAGGAGGAGCUCCUGCAGAAGUCGCCCCCGAAGAUAGGAUGCCUGCCCCGGAGGAAAAUGGAAACUCCUUAAUGCAAGAGGCCGCGGCGCACUCAACUCCAGAAAAGCGGGCAGCAGCAGCCGUAUCUGCCGAUGAGUCUACAAAAAUCAAGGCGAUGCUACCUUCGCCAGAUUCACCAGGGGCUUCUGGUGCAUCCUCUUCAGCUUCGCAGAUCCCAGGGGGGACAGAAUAUGAGCUGUCCGUCUGCAAAGCGCUCUUACUUCUGCAGCAGCUGGCUCCCAAUAGCACUCCGUUGGUGGGAGAAUCACCUCCACUGCAGCCUCCACAAGCAGUGCCAGCGUUGCAUGGCGCAUGUCGGAGUGCACAAUACUUGCCUUGUAACGCCAGACCCAAAACUAGCAAGCUCACGAGGGUCUAUGAAGGAAAAGUCACAGUACUAUCUGCAGCCAUUCUUGAAAUCUUACUAAGCGUGCGACUACUCCAAGGAACUCAGCAGCUAAUGCGGGCAGACUUCGCAAGGCUCCUCCACCAACAGCAGAAGCAGCAGCAGCAGCUGUUGAAAACUGUACAGACUACUGUAAUGAAGCUAGGUGUGUCUCGAAUUGACUUCAGCAUCGCGAAAGCGGAGAGAGAUUGCUUCUUGGGACGCAUGCAGAAGCUUUCUUCAACUGUGGGUCGCAAAUGA